UCCCUCCCUCCCUCCCUCUAUGUCUCUUUUGACUUGAGACUCUUCCUCACCCCCUGCAACAAUAAUACACUUCCUCCCUACCUCUCCAUCUUUUCCUUUUAUUACUCCUUCCCUAUAAACAUACUACACAUAAACUCUGCUAACGUGCGCGCCUCCAGCUUGGCUAUGGGCGUAGUGCGCCACCGUCUAUCGACAUUGAUUGCCCUCACUUGCCUCUUCUUUGGCUUGGCCUCCGCCUCCUCUAUUACCCUCUCCCAACUCGAUACUAGGUUCCAGCAGAAGGAAGAGAGUGAGACAGGAGGUGGGUCGACCUGGUUGAAGAGAGUCCUGACUGAUAGGAAGCUGGGGGGGCCGGGUUCUUCACCACCCUCGUGCAGAUCCAAGUGCGGUAGGUGCUGUCCUUGUAACCCGGUUCACGUGCCGAUUCAACCCGGUUUUAGCACGCUGCAGGAGUACUACCCGGAGGCCUGGCGGUGCAAAUGCGGCGACAAGCUCUUUAUGCCGUAAAGGAGAGAGAGAAAAAGAAAAGCAACACGACGGAAGUUCAAGAAAAGAGAGA